AUGGCAGACCCCAUUAGAAUUCUGCUUACCCUUCUCACUAUCCUCGGACUCAACUUCUUAUCAUCAUCAACAAUUACUGAAGUUUCUAAAGAACAAUUACCAUGCACAAUGUGCUAUUCCUGUGACAAUCCUUGUCAGCCCUCACCAUCGCCUCCACCAUCACCACCACCUGCUCUCCCUGAAUGUCCACCACCUCCUCCCCCACCUUCUCCACCGCCGCCCCCGCCACCAGCUCUUCCUGAGUGUCCACCGCCGCCACCAACUCCUAACAAUGAGUGCCCUGCUUGCCUAACACCACCGACACCAAUUCCGCCUGUGCUACCGCCUAAUCAGUCGCAUGGGCCGCCUACUGGUGAUUCCUUUUAUGGGCCACCAGGCUACGGGAAUAAUUCAGUGCCUUACUUUCCAUUUGACAAUAACAACCCACCAGCUUUUCUCUCUCUUUCAACUCUGUUCAUCUGA